UAUGCUGAUGAAGCGUCAAAAGAAGAGAUCGCCUAGCAGAUGACAUCCCACCAGGGCCCCUGUGGGCCUAAUAAGAACAUGAGGGAACUCAUACUAGACCUCUCUAAGCUGGAGGUUGCAGUGAGGAGACUAGAUCCGGAUUUUAAAAGACUGGAGUGUGAUAUUUUUGUUAAUGUCUGUUAAUUUAAUGUUUAAUAUUUUAAUGUAUGUAUCCUAAAAUACACCAAUCCUUAGGUGGUAGGAGAGUGACCACCAACAAUUGCAUUCCCAAAGAGGGUUGACGUCAGGCAGGCGGCCGGUCGUAAAAACACAAUGCCAAAUCAUAUAGCAAUAUGUCGAAUGUUGAAGAGAUGAGCGAUAGGGCUAGGGCGUACCCCUCAGGCGACGCGCAGGGGCAGCACCCGGCCCCUGUGGGAAGUGGACAAGGGUUUUUGCACCAACCUGGGCGGGUGCAAUGUAAGAAGCGAGUCCGGGAAGUAAGAUUGAGGUAUGCAAGUUGGAAUGUAGGAACGAUGACUGGAAGAGCCAGAGAGUUAGCGGAUGUAUUAAAGAGAAGACGAAUAAAUGUGGCAUGUUUGCAAGAGACUAAAUGGAAGGGCACGAAAGCUAGAGAAAUUGGGGAAGGAUACAAGUUUUAUUAUUGUGGAAGUGAUGGGAAAAGGAAUGGGGUAGGCAUUGUGUUAGAUAAGAACUUGAAAGAAAGUGUGAUAGAUGUAAAGAGAGUGAAUGAUAGAAUAAUAGUUGUUAAAAUAAUGUAUGAAAGUUUGAUAAUAAAUGUUAUAAGUGUGUAUGCUCCUCAAGUCGGUUGUGAUGACAGGGUGAAAGAACAAUUUUGGACGGAUUUCGAUGCAGUAAUGAUGAAUGUGCCGACGAAUGAACAGGUAUUUGUGGGAGGAGACUUUAAUGGCCAUGUUGGCAGAAUGAGAGGGAAUUAUGAAAGAGUGCAUGGAGGGUGGGGGUUCGGUUGCCAGAACGACGAGGGUGAAGCCCUGCUACAGGCUGCUACUGCGUUUGACCUAGCAGUGGUAAAUACGUGGUUUCAAAAGAACACCGAACAUCUAAUCACCUAUAAAAGCGGUCACCACGUGACACAAAUAGAUUACUUUUUGGUCAGACGCAGUAGUUUAAAGAACAUCAAAGACUGCAAGGUGAUACCAGGCGAAGCUGUAGUCUCGCAGCACCGACCCCUAAUUAUGGAUGUGAUUUUAACUUCCCGGCCAAAAGCCAAAGAGAGACGGCCCCCCAAAAUCAAAUGGCAUCUGUUGGGGAAGGCUGAGUUGGCCCGGGAAUUUAGAAAAGUAGUGGUUGAUAAGAUGAUUGAAAUGGGAGAAAUGAAUGAAAAGAAUGUGAAUGAAUGCUGGAGUGGAAUGGCGACGUGUAUAAGGAAAGCGGCAAGAAGCAUUCUAGGAGAAUCAAAAGGGAAUGGAGUGAUAGAGAAUUUAGAUCUAGUCGACUUGUACUUGGAGUCUGUGCAGGCUAAUUUGAUGUGGCUCGACACCAGCUUAAUGAAUGGCUGGCCUACUUCCGACCAGUCAGGAUCGUGCGUCACUUUUAUUUCCGAUGUCAAUUCAUUCGACGGAGCUAUCGGGAGUAUGCAGGGUGAUAAUUCGCUUACGUGA